CGAUUGGUGACGCAAAUUUCCCGCCGUCACUUCUGCAAUUCCGUUUGUAGAGAAACCAAAAAAAAAGCAGUUUUACUGUUACUUUGGGGUAUUUUAUAUUUUUCCGGCGUUUGUUCUUAGCACACGAUGCCGUCCACACACGACUGGAUUAACAACCCUCUGGGUGUUGUUGAAGGGAUGUUUGCUGCUUCUCUGGGCAAUACUAACUUAGCGUGGGAGGCAAAAGCAGUUGAAUUCUUCAGAGACAGGCUGAAGGAGAAGGAUGCUCAUACCUGGGUUCCCUCUUUGAAUGACAUCCCUCUGCAUUACCUGAAGCCAAACAGCCUGGUCAAGUUCCGCUGUUUAAUCCAAGACAUGUUUGAUCCAGAGUUCUAUAUGGGAGUCUACGAGACUGUUGAUCCUGCUACAAAGGCUAAGGUGCUGCAGUGUGGCAAGUACAAAGAUGUGACAGAAAGCGGGGUGGAUUUUAACUCCAAAAGCACUGUGACUGCAGAGAGACAGACGUUCUACUGUGUGCCGAUCCCUGGUGAAAAUCCCUGGGUGAAAGAGAUCUAUGCCAGCUCCAGUCAAGCAAGAGUGAUUCCUUCCACCUCGUACGUGCCGAGCAGGCAGAAACGAAGCUACGAGGAAGACGACGACGAUGUUGAUGACAUGGACACACAGCCGCAGAAACAGAGGGAGCCGCAUUGUAGUUCUAAUGUUUCCACGGAACAGCACGGCAAUGGUGACUGUAAGCGGCAGGAGACAGAAGCGCCAGCCAGGCAGCCAGCGUCUGCCUCCCAUCUCAACCUUAACUUCCCUCUGCCAGGAGAGAAAGGCCCUUCCUGCUUAGUCAAGGUGUACGAAGACUGGGACAGUUUUAAACUGAACGACAUGCUAGAAGUCUACGGCAUCCUCUCUGUCAGUCCUGCUCUCAGUGCGCUUGCUGAUGAAAAAGACGCCUCCUCGUGUGUCCUGGACCCAGCAGAGUGCAUGGAGACUGCUGAGGAGCAGAGAGUGCACAGUCCACCGGCCUCGCUCGUCCCUCGUCUCCACAUGAUCUGCGCCAAGUCACUUCCUCACAACAACCCCCUGUUGCCUUCUGCCACAUUAGAGGACAACAGUGCCUUUUUAUCUUCCUCCUUGAGUGAGAUGGCGUCUGUCAGGGAAGAGCUCCUGGCAUACCUCACCCAUGUUCUCCUCGGAGACACCCUGGCUGCUGAGUACCUCAUUCUGCACCUCAUCUCUAACGUAUACUCGAGACGAGAUGUUCUUCCAAUGGGCAAAUUCACCUUGAAUAUUAGUGGAUGUCCCAUGGUCAACUCUUACACUGAACGCCUCUACGAGAUCAUACGCCAACUCAUUCCUUCAUCAUAUUAUCUGGGCAUGAGCCUCCAGAACAUGAACCAGAUGUGCUUAGUGCCAAAAAAGGACUAUGUGGCUAACCGGCUAGUGAGUGGAGCCCUGCAGCUAGCCAGAAACACCUCCCUCUUCCUGGAUGAAACCCAGCUGGAGCAGGGUCAGCUGGACACAACAGGUGUGCGUAACGUCACAGCUCUGGGCAACUUGAUCUCGUGGCAGAAGGUUGACUACGACUUUAACUACCACCAGAUGGAAUUCCCCUGCAAUAUUAAUGUGCUCAUCACGUCUGAGGGCCGCUCUCUGCUGCCGUCAGACAGUCGGAUACACCUACUGCCUCAAGUCACACCGCCUCACAUAGAGGAAUAUGUCAGCAGCAUCCAUUUGCAUCAGCCGGCUUCAUCACAGCUGAACAAGUUCAGAAUGUACCUGAGUGUGGCUCGGGUGCUGGACUACAGCAUCUCGGAUGAAAUGACAAAGUCAGUUGAGGACGACUUUGUAGAUAUGAGGAAGGACGACCCCCAGAGCAUAACUGCUGAGGACCUCCACAGGAUGCUCAUCGUGGCGCGGUUGCAGUCCCUGAGCCUCGGACAGACCUCUCUGUCCAGAGACAGCUGGCUGAGAGCCAAACACAUUGAGAUGCUGCGGAGUAGUCGACUGGAGCAGCACAAGUGUGUCAAUGGGAACGAGCCGUGAUCACACUGGCACUGAUUACAUAGCUUUUGUUUUUCCUUUUGAUACAUAAAAUCUUUGUAAUAAAGUUUUCAUACACAAUGUAGUUCAGAGUUUUCAACCUUUUUACUGUACUGAUUUGAAGAUGUAAAUAUUUUCACUUGAGUAAAGGCAUAGUUAAAGUUC